CUCACAAACAGUAGAAAAGCAGAGUGAAGUGGAAACAAGCGUGACUGGAUCCGUGUGUCCGUGUUUACUUUAUAUUUACUUUACUUUAUUUAUCGUCGCGACGAGAGUUUGCCUUGUGUAGUCCAACAUGGACGUCCCGAUGCCUCAGAAGCGUUACUACAGACAGAGAGCUCAUUCAAACCCCAUGGCUCAUCACACGUUUGACUAUCCUUUGUGUCCAGAGGAAAUGGACUGGUCCAAACUGUAUCCAGACUUCUUCACUGGAAAUGUGUCAGAGAAAGAGGGGCCACGAGUGGAGUUUGCAGACAUUGGAUGUGGAUAUGGGGGUCUUUUAGUGGAGUUAUCGCCACUUUUCCCAGACAAACUCAUCCUGGGCCUGGAGAUCCGAGUCAAAGUUUCAGAUUAUGUCCAGGAUCGUAUCAAGUCUUUACGUGCCUCAGAACCUGGAAGCUUCAAAAACAUUGCCUGCCUUCGUAGUAAUGCGAUGAAGUAUCUCCCCAAUUUCUUCGCUAAAGGACAGCUCAGUAAGAUGUUCUUCCUCUUCCCCGACCCUCACUUUAAGAAGACCAAGCACAAAUGGAGGAUCAUCAGUCCCACGUUGCUGGCAGAAUAUGCUUACACACUGAGAGUCGGGGGUUUGGUGUAUACCAAUACUGAUGUGGAGGAAGUUCACGACUGGAUGGUGAAGCACUUUUCUGAACAUCCGCUGUUUUCACACGUCCCUGAUGAAGAACUGACUGCGGACGUGAUCGUCGGUCGCUUGGGUUCAUGUACGGAAGAAGGAAAGAAGGUGCAGAGAAAUGGAGGAAAGAAUUUCCUUGCUGUUUUCCGGAGGAUUGAGGAUCCAAACUAAGACCUAACAAACACCUGCAAGAGUCUGGGAUAACGCUCUUAUGUGGACAUUCAUGAAUUGCACAGAUGACAUUGCUCUAUGGAAGGAGGUGGAGGCUGUGGCUCGUUCCCCAAACAGAUGAACAGUGAUGGCUUGUUGUUUUUUUGUUCCAUUUUUUCUCACAGAGAAUUUGUCGUGAAGUUUGUCACAUUCCAAAUCACACUUCUCGACUAUUUUAAUUAUUGCCAUUUUCUUUAGUUCUUUAAAAUCAACAGUGCUGUUUUUGGAUUUUCUGAAAAUCUCAACAACAAAAAAAAGUCAGUAAAAGUACACUGAACAACUUUAAA